AUGGCGGAUCAACACGACGUCGACCUCGACUCGAUUAUCGACCGUCUGCUCGAGGUCCGAGGCAGCCGCCCCGGAAAGCAAGUCCAGCUUCUCGAAGCUGAGAUCAGAUACCUGUGCACCAAGGCCCGGGAGAUUUUUAUCUCACAGCCUAUCUUGCUUGAACUCGAAGCUCCUAUCAAGAUUUGCGGCGAUAUACACGGACAGUACUAUGAUUUGCUGAGACUUUUUGAGUACGGCGGCUUCCCUCCGGAAGCCAACUACCUCUUCCUCGGUGACUACGUUGACCGCGGCAAGCAGUCCCUGGAGACUAUCUGCCUUUUGCUCGCGUACAAGAUCAAGUAUCCGGAAAAUUUCUUCAUCCUGCGCGGCAACCACGAGUGUGCCUCCAUCAACCGUAUCUACGGCUUUUACGAUGAGUGCAAGCGUCGGUAUAACAUCAAGUUAUGGAAGACCUUUACAGAUUGCUUCAACUGCCUCCCGAUCGCUGCCAUCAUUGAUGAGAAGAUCUUCACCAUGCAUGGCGGCUUGAGCCCGGACUUGAACUCCAUGGAGCAGAUUCGCCGUGUUAUGCGCCCGACGGACAUCCCCGACUGCGGCCUGCUCUGUGACCUACUUUGGUCCGAUCCUGACAAGGACAUUACUGGCUGGAGCGAGAACGACCGUGGUGUUUCAUUCACCUUUGGUCCUGACGUGGUUUCGCGGUUCCUUCAGAAGCACGACAUGGACUUGAUCUGCCGUGCCCACCAAGUCGUCGAGGACGGAUACGAGUUUUUCUCGAAACGACAACUGGUAACUCUGUUCAGCGCACCCAAUUACUGCGGCGAGUUCGACAACGCGGGUGCCAUGAUGUCCGUGGAUGAGAGUUUGCUGUGCUCAUUCCAGGUUCGGACGUGGUCGCUAGUUUGGUGCUCGACGACUCUCACACGGGGUCACCCACACCUCGAAGAUACAAUUUCUCCGUCUUCCACAACGGCCAGCCGUGGGACCUUGGCCAUCUGUCAUCAACUUUUCCUGAACUUGUCUGUUUAA